UGACGUCAGAUCGCCACGCCUUAAGUUUGGGUCUUCCAUACAAUCGCAGUUUCCGCUGGAGAUUAACUCGGGAGGGAACUACGGAUAGCAGCAGCUUGGGUCCUUCGCAGGCAAUAUUUAAGAGAACCAUCGCUCUUUCAUUCUGAUCAUCACUUCUUCAUCUAUCGCAGCUGGGAUAAUUCCGAUGGUAAUUACGAUUUGACCUCAGUUGAGGAUCAACUGUCGCAUUUGCAAACAGCACAGAAACACGUGAUAAAUUUAAGGCGUUGCGGGCUCCAGCCACGUCAUAGGCCCUUUUCCGCUCCGCUUCUGAAAAGGAGAUAACGGAUUCUUGGAGAAAAGGAGGAGCAACAUUUCGCCUCGAUACCACCAGAUACCAAAUUCUCAACAUCCCCUUUCGUAUCGACCAUCACUUUCCCCUCUUUCUCUUACACAUUGCGACCUCGACAUGUCCGACUCUACUCUCUAUCUCUACACCUCCCUCACUGCGGGGUCAUCCCACAUUGUCACCGCCACUGCACGGUUGGAGACGAUUCUGAAGGCCAACAAAAUUCCCUUUCGCGCAAUUGACGUGGCUACUGAUGAGGCCGCUCGUAAACUGUGGGGCCGUCGUUCCAAGGGUAAAAAAUUGCCUGGACUGGUGAAGUUUGGCACUGUUGUCGGUGAUCUAGAGGACAUCGAGGAGUGGAAUGAGUACGGUGAGCUGAGGAUGCACAUUGAUAGCGUGGAAGACUUCGACAGCAUUCCUGCCACCAGCUACCCUGUCUCUACCUCCCAGACGAACACUGGAUCUACCACCCCUGCUACCCCACAGCCUCCAGCACAGAGCGCAACCCCGAAGCAAAGCACAAUCAAAAUUCAGAGCCCACCGGCGAAGGAGAAAAAGGAUGAUUCCGUGACGCUCGCCUUGCGACAGGCGGGCGAGGAGGCUGCGGCAAAGGCCAAAGGCAACACGGGCGCAGAAGUCAAGAAGGACAACACCGCCGCAGAUUCUGAACAGCAGAAGGGGCAAUCCUCGAGCAGCGUGGAGAACAAAGGAGGAGAAGAAACUGUACGUCGGCGAUCGGUGGUUCCUGCGGAAAUUGUCGGCGGCGUUGGAGGCCGUCCACCUUUGAGGGUGCCCGAGUGCGCCGCAGAAUCAUCUGCCAAUUUCCAUGCUGAUAAUGCUGAAGCUCUAGGAUUGGUUCAACAUCACCGCGGCUCCAUUGUCUCCGCAACUUCCCCAGAGGAAAUGGAGAAGGUGGCUCAGGACUUGCGCAAAUCUAUAUCUGGCGGGCACGAGGAAAUAUUGGCGGCUUUGAAGAACGAACAUGCGGAGCGAGCAGGACAGGACGAGACAAUCGUGGAAGAGUCAGAUGGCGAGGAUGACAAGCCUGAUGAGAAGAGUCAUCGCAAGGAAACCCAAAAUCAGGAUAUUAAGGAUGCACCUAAGGCGACAGUGACCGUUGAAGAUUAGGGCAUGGUUACAGUCUCUUCGAACAUGGUUCAACCUCAAAAGAAUUUUCCUUGCGUGAUUCCUUCGUGUAUGAUACCAAGUUGCAUUUCUUACUCGCUGUCUGUCUCAUACAAUGCGUGAUAAUAUCCAUGAAUGCUUCAAAUUUAGAUUAUCUUAUGCCGAGUUUACCGGCUUUUUUUUUCCCA